UUUUAGUGCGGACUGAGGCCUGACGAACACGGAGGAAACCCUUUUCUUUAGCCCAUAAUGGGUUACAGCCAGCUGUGCCUGUUGCUGCUGCUGAGCAGCUACACAUUGGCUCAGGACAGCAAUGACAAUAAUGAACAAACUUCAACAUGCCUGCUGGCAUCCAGAUUCAAGGCCUAUAAGAAAUAUGUGUAUCAGUAUAUGGCAGAGAGCCGGAACGGUGUGGUGGGCACUGCCAACCUGAGAAAUGGCCCGAAAGUCUCCUGUCAGGUUGAGAUCGAAGUCCCACAGAUCUGCAGGUUCAUCAUGCAUACCAGAGGCUGUGUACUCAGUGAGGUGUCUAUCAUGGAUCCCCAGGGCCAGCCGGUCUACAAGCAGUCCCCUGGCUCCGAGGCGUUCCAGGCUGCCAUGGAAAAGAAUGCUCUUAAGUUCAGUGUGGAGGAAGUCACUAAUGUAGAGCUUUACCCUGAGAAUGAUGAGCCGGUCAACAUCCUCAACAUCAAGAGAGGAAUCAUUUCUGCUCUCAUGGUGCCAAUCCUGGAGGAUGGACAAAGCAGCUUCAUGAGCACAGUGCAUGGCCACUGUUUAACAGAUUACGUGGAGAAUGCUCGGAAGGAUAUUGCCACAGAAGUGACCCUGUCCAGAGAUCUAUCUCAAUGUGACCAGUUCUACAGCAGGGAUCUAUCCAACAGCCCCCUGGCCCUGCUGCAAAAACUGCACAGCCCCAUGUCUAAGCUGAUAACCAGCACUCAGAAAUGCAACUAUCAGUUUGAUAACAGGGGAAGGCACAUCACCACAGCCAUGUGCACAGAACAACAUAUCUACCUGCCCUUUUCUCACGUAGAUAAUGGAAUAUCAUCUGUGUUAACCCAAGAUCUGAGCUUUCAAAGUUCCAAGAGAAUCAACAACAGAAUAUUUGAUGUGAACCCCAGCCAGAGCACACCACUGCACUUUGAAGACCCUGAGGAUAAAGCACCGGUCCAAACAAAGGAUGCUGUUCUGAGCACCUUUCGGGACCUUGCAGCUUUGCCAGGCACAGACCAGGGUCAGAAGAGGACCAGCCUUUUCCAUAAACUGGUGUCCGGCUUACGUGUCCUGAGGAACGAGACCCUCAGCCAGACGGUCCCUGAGAUGCGAGAAAUAUCGGGCUGGCUCACCUGGCAGGCCCUGAUCCAGUGUGGAACCCCAGAGUGCACCAGCGCCAUCCUCCAGGUUAUUAGGACCAUUGACGGGGUGUCCCUGGAAGUGGACGCUCUCGUCUACGGGCUGAGCCUCCAGGCUAACCCUGACGCAGCACGUGUCCGAGAUAUGCUCAGCAUGGCUCAGUAUAAACAGAGCAAGGCAAUCAUGUACGCUCUGGCAAACACAGUCAAGAAGUUCCAUGAAGGAGCGGUUACUCCAGUGGUCACAGAUGUGUCAAAAUUCAUGGAGACACUCUUAAAUGACUGCUCAUUGGAAAUCCAAGAUUAUGACUCAGAAUUUCCUCCUGACCCUGCAGAGACUUCCUUCCUUGUCCUGAGGGUUGUUGGUGUCAUGGGUCAAGCCAUGCAAGCUGCCAGCCCAGACCUGAUUUCCUCUAUUUUGCGGUGCGCUCAGAAAACAGACAUUCCACUGUCAAAUCAGAAGGCAGCCAUACGGGCCUUCAGACUGAUGGACAUUAAUGAUGAGAUCAGAAACGUUCUCAUGGAGGUUUACCAGGACACUCAGAGCCCCGUUGAAAAACGCUUAGCAGCUUACCUCAUUCUGAUGAAGACCCCGGACUAUACACUUGUUAGAAACGUUGUCAACAGUCUGGAGAAUGAGAGAAAUGAGCAGCUCAGGAGCUUUGUGAUCUCCCAUCUGAACAACAUCCGCAACUCUGAUGAGCCACAAAUGCAUGAACUCAGGGAGUACAUUGACUUGGCCUUAAAGGACGAGCUCUCACCUCCAAACAAGGUCUUUGAUGGCAUGUCACGCAACUACAAAAUCAACUCCCCCUUAGGCUCAAUCCAGAGCAACAUGAUCUUCGAUGACAGGGACACUCUACCUAAGGAGAUGAUGCUGGAGACCACUCUGAAGGCUUUUGACUACAACUAUGACAUUUUUGAGGUUGGUGUUGAAGGGACGGGAUUUGAACCAACAAUUGAUGCUCUUUUUGGAGAAAAAGGUUUCUUUCCUGAAUCCAUCUCCAGAGCACUGUACAUGGCAGGAGACACUGCCCAGAUGCUCAGAGAUGUUCUGGAUAGAACUGCCCCUCAACAAGACAGAAAGAAGAGACAGGCUCCACAAGAUCAUCUGAAAGCUAUCACAGAGAGUUUCCAGAGGCUUAUGAAUGAUCUGCGUUUUUCUCCAACACCUGAAGCCACUGCCUAUCUUCGGCUUCUGGGAAAUGAGAUCGGAUACAUGAAGACCACUGAAAUGAGAAAACUGGCCGAGACUCUGUUCAUGUACUUCCACAUCUUCAUCAGGAUUCUGCCUGGCUCGGCCUUCAAUGCAUUGAUGUCUAGCACUGAAAAUGAAGUCUUUGCCCACUAUAUCUUCAUGGAGAAUGCAUUCGCUUUACCCACUGCCUCUGGCUUCCCUCUAAAAUUCUCUCUGGCUGGUGUGUUUGCACCUGGAGCCAAAGGAGGCCUGGUUCCUUCAGCAAUGACGGAUUUGUCCUUCAUGCCUUCAGUUGGGCUGGAAUUCAUCACCCAGAUGGGUGUGCACAUUCCAGACUAUGUGGACGCAGGGAUUGAGAUGCACACAAACAUGUACCAUGAGAGUUCUCUCAAUGCCAAAGUCAGCAUCAACAAAAACCAGAUUAAACUGUCCAUUCCUGCUCCUACUUCCAACACUCAGCUGUUCAGCAUUAGCAACAAGCUGCUGUCCAUCUCGUCUGGUCAAACAAAAAUAGUGCCAUCCCUGGUGGAGGACCGCACUGACUCAACGAACUGCCAGCCGCUGUUCACUGGUCUGAACCUCUGCACAACAUGGCGUUAUUCCAAUGCUACAUCCAUGGACCAGGCCCCAUAUUACCCUCUGACUGGAGAAACCAAGUUUGCGAUGGAAAUCCAGCCUACAGGGAAGGUUUCAGAGUACACCGCCACCAUCACUGAUGAAACACUCAGAGAGGGUAAAAAGGGACGUCAUAAAGUAGAAACUCUGAAGCUCACCCUGAGGGCAGAAGGUGAAGAUUCAGUCGAAGCCACAGCAGCACUGAAAUACAACCGCAAUAAAAACACUUUGUCCACUGACGUCGUCAUUCCUGACUAUGACGUGGAAGCAGGCAUCAAACUGGCCGUCACUAACGGUGAUACUGAUGGAACAAAGAUGCGAGGUAUCACCAUCGACGUCACCAAUAAGAACAUCCCACAGCUGACUCUGGUUGGACGCACGAGACUUGAUAUGAUGAGAGAUGCCAUGUUGCAGCUGGAAAUGGGCAUUCCUUCUCUGAAAACUGAUGCAUCUGUCACUGCAAACCUGAAGAAGGAUGAGGAUGUGCUUCUGGACUUGGAAACAGUGAUCCGCCUCCCUGAGACAACCUACCAACAUAAAACCUCCCUAAAAUACGAUAAUGACAAAUUUGAGGUGGAAGUGAAAACAGAUCUCAAUUCAGAUGUACAGAAAAUGAUACCAAACCUGGAGGAUCAUCACAGGAAGUUCCAACAGCUUAUUGAUGAAAUCCUGGACCAGAGAGUCACAAAGACUGACAUGAAACUGCGUCACAUAGUCACCAAAGGCAUCGAGGCAGGGAAUAUAUGGCUGGACAAACUGACAGCAAGCAUGCCCUAUCUGGCAAACCUGCGAAGUAAAAGGAGCGUCUCAGAUCUCACCUUGCCAUCCCUUCCUGACAAACUGUUUCUGCAAUCUGAAAGUUUGUUCCGGUACCAGUUCAACAAGGAUAGGUUGGCCAUCUCGGUUCCUCUUCCACAUGGGGGCAAAAAGUCAGAGGAAUUAAACUUCCCAAAAACUCUGUCUACGCCCGUCAUAGAUUUGCCAGAGAUAGGCCUCUAUAUCCCAGCCAACAAUUAUCCACUACCAUCAUUCAUUAUACCACCUUCUUUGGAUUUCACUGUUCCUCUCCUUGGUCUGGCUGAAGCAUCCACCAAGGUCAGCAGCAACUUCUACAGCUGGGAGGGCUCAAUCUCUGGGGGAAACAACACUGUUGAUGUCCCCAGCUAUGUUGCUCAGUACAAGGCCAUUGGUCAAUCACCUUUCAACUUACUUUCGUACAAACUUGAAGGAGCCGCAAUGAUGUCAGGAAGAGCUGACGAUAACCUCAAGUAUCUUCUGAAUAGUUCCUUCAGCCAUGUCCUCGUUGACACAAGCCUCAGUGUCUUAGAAACAUUAAGGGUUUCAAACAAAUUGAAUGCGAGAGCCAAUUAUAAGUUUGAAGCCUCUAGUCCAGUAGGCUUGCAAGCCUCUCUCUACUACUCUGCUCAGUCAACAUCCACUCUAGAUUCAGAUGAAGUCUCAGGAGAUGGUACCGUGGAUGGAUUAUUUAAAAUAGGUUCAUUCUACACUAAUACCUCCUACACUCAAAGUUACAACCUGCGUCCAAGAGAUCAAGAAGGAAGGGGAGAGUCCACCCUGCUCUUUGACUCACCAAUCCUCAAAUUUCAGAACAUGAUCCGUGGAGUUUAUGCAAAUUCUGAGUUGAAUAUUGUGUCCAAAACCAGUGCACAGAAGGACAUCUUCAAACAUAUAGCAGAGCUCAAGUAUAAAGAUGCACAGCUGAUUCUAAAGUGCAAUGCUGUUGCCACACCCAUGGGUAAAUCACUAAACAACAAAGUUGAGCUUGGUGUAUCCAGCCAAAUGGCCCUCGUCAGAAUUGAGUCACAGGCAGACGAUGACACAAAAAGGGCAUACUCACUUAUAACAGGGUCCCUGGAUUCAAAUGGACUUGAAUUAAACUCUGAGGGUUCCUUCAUCUUUGACACAGGCCGUGGAUUGCAUAAGGCUACUGUAAGAAUUGGAAGAAGUGGUCUGACCACAAGUGGAACCAACAGCAUUCAGUGCAGUCCUGUGACACUGGAGAAUUUCUUCAGUUGUGCCAUAGACAACAAUGGAGCAUCCAUGGACUCUACUACCAAAGUGAUGGCUGAUGAGGGCAGAGGAGAGCUGAUUAUUAAGAGUAAAAUCACAGGUGCUGAAGCCUCUAUGUAUGGUGACCUUACAGGACAUGCAUACGAUGCGGCCACAACAAACAACCUGAACAUUGUACUGAACAGAGGGACUCUGACCCUUACUGGCAAUUCAAAAGGAACAUUUAAGCAAAUGAAAACAGAAAAUAGCCACACCCUGACCCUCACUCUGUGGACAGUCAAACUCCACUCCAACACUAACAACUUCAUCUGUGAAGACAUUUACUACAAGCAAGACACCAAGGUUGAUAUGAAACCAUUUGUUUUGGCAUUUGAUAUGACAAAUGACCUCAGGUUUUACGAUGUCAGUUUGAACAAUGAAGGCCACAUCAAGCUUGAGCCAAUUAAGGUGGAUCUCAGUGGAAGUACGACAGGAGCAUAUGGAGAACAACACAAUGUUAAACAUGCCUAUGAACUCACCUAUGACAAUAUGGCUGGUACACUGAAAUGUAGCACAUCUGGAAAUGUAAUGGAAGCCCAAUUAAGUCACAACUGUGAACUUGAAGUUGCUGGACUUUCUUCAACAUCAAACUGUGAAGCAAGAAUAAAUUCUGAACCUCUGCGCUUUGACGGCACCAUUCGCACCAUGGCACUGCCUUUCAGCCUCACUAUUGAUGCUCUUGUGAACAGUGAUGGAGAAAUUAACCUACAUGGAAAGCAUACCGGACAGCUGUACAGCAAGUUGCUGGUUAAAGCUGAGCCCCUAGCUCUUGCAUACUCACAUGACAGCCGGGUAUCAACCACACAUAAACCUCGAAGAAGGGAGUUUUCCACUAAUUUAGACAACAAAUGUGAAGGUGUUCUGACUCCAAAUGAACAAUAUCUGACCUGGAAUGUAAAAUCUAAACUGAACGACCAUACUUAUAACCAGGCCAUUAGUACUUACAACCAUCCUGAGAAGGCUGGAUUUGAGUUUUCAGGAGUAAUGUCGACAGACGUUUUCAGCAGAUAUAAAAGAUCAGUACCUGAAACACAAGAAUUCAGAAUGACAGGAUUCAUCAAGUAUGACAAGAACAGUGACUGUCACAUUAUUGAAAUUCCAUUCAUCGAAAGCUUUCCUGCUGCUUUUGAGAAGCUCAAGAACACACUUGCACAAGCCUUAGAAUCGCUGCAACAGUUCAUCCGUAACUUAGAUAUUAAUCAGCUAAUCACUGAUUUCAGAGCCAAAUUAGACGAGAUACCAGUUCAAGUGAGCGAUUUCAUGCGAGAAAUGGACUUGGAGAACAAAGUCGAUCAAGUUAAAGUAAAACUCGAUUACUUGUUUAAUGAGUUUGCUGUAACAAUGGAUGACUUGGAGCUUGCAAUGAACAAUUUCAGAGACAAUUUGGAAUAUACUGUCACAGAUAUUGCUACCAAAAUUAAAGACCUAAUCCUUAAAAUUGAAGAGUAUGUCAACUCAGGGCAACUUGCUGACAAUAUAACGAAUGUACUUUCACACAUAGGGAAUAGGGUUCAGUCUUUUGAUGAAAAAUAUAACAUUAAGCAAUCAUUUGUCAAAGUGCUGGAUGUCAUUGAGGACAUCAUCAGACAGAUUAAUUUACAGAAGUUGAAGGACAGCAGUGCUGCAUUCCUGCGAGAGGUAGAUUCUAAAUACGGCAUCUUGGAAACAAUCAAAGAGAAACUGUCUGAUUUAAAACAAGCCAUUGACAACUUUGACAUCAACGUGUUCUUGCAAGAUGUAAAGGGCUAUCUUCUCUCAAUCGAUUGGGUUGCAUAUCUUGAGCAGCUCUCAUAUAAAAUUCCCUCCUCACAGAUAAAAAAAGUUUUGGAAUCUAUGAAUGAUGUUAUUGUCAACUGGAUUGACGAGUAUGAAAUCCCUGACAAACUCAAUGCAGUGUAUUCCGACUUCAAGGAUCUGCUUUUAAAAUAUGAUCUUGAUGAUAUAUUUAAAGAUCUAAUGGAUCAGGCUGUUACUCUUGUGAAGGAAUUUAAAAUUGAAGAGACAGUGCAAACAGGUGUAGAAACUCUGAAAUCGAUCAAAUUUGAAUUUGUUUAUGAUAAAGUUAUGCAGUUUCUGCACAGUUUGACGAGCCAGCUCAAAGCAACUGACUUUAAGAAAAGCAUUGAUGACCUCAACGAACAUAUUUCUUCAAUGCUCAAGUCAAUGAAGGAAUUUGACUAUGAUGCAUUUGUUGAUGAGACUAACAAGAAGAUUGCUGAACUAACAGAAUAUAUCAAUGAGCAGAUUAAAACAUAUGAGAUUGUGGAAAAAAUUGAGGCUGUUAGGGACUUUUUCAGAGAGAUCCAAAGUUCCAUCUUCACAUAUCUGGAUGAACUCAAAAACACAAAGGUAGCUGAUGCUCUAAAAAAACUGAAACGUGUAAUUGACACUACUUUUUACAAUGACAUUAAACUGAAAGCACUGGAUAUGCUUGAGGACAUGAAGCAAAGGAUCUCAGACAUGGAUGUUAGAGAUGAAAUAUACAUUUACCUCCAAAGAGCAAGUGAAUCCUACAGAAAUAUAGUUGCUUAUAUUUCUACACAGUUUGAUCGACUGAUGGAGAAGAUUCAAGAAGUGGCAAAAAGCAAUGACGUCAUUAACCAGAUAAAGCAAGCUGUAGAUGGACUUCUCAAAAGACUGAAAAGUGCUGAGAUUGAAGUUCCCACUUUUACUGUUCCUCUCACUGAUCUUGUCAUUCCAGCAUUUACAAUCAACCUGAACAAACUCCAGGAUAUCAGCAUCCCAUCUCAGAUUUCACUCCCUGAAUUCACCAUUCUCAACUCGUACACAGUCCCUGCCAUUAUUAUAGACUUUGAUGAGAUUAAAGCUAGAAUAGUUGCAGUCAUAGAUGACAUGAAAGAAUUUGAAAUCCAAACACCUGACCCAGAAGACAUCUUUGGUGACUUGAAAGUUCUGUACUUAUCUGAACUACCGGAUCUUACGUUUCCAGAAAUAACACUGUCCGAGAUAAAAUUUCCAGCCAUCAACAUCCCCAAAUUAAGUUUGAACAACUUUGAAAUUACAAUGCUUCCAAUUCCAGAGAUCAAGUCUCCUGGAGUCCCCAGUGACGUUUGUAUCCCAGUAUUUGGCAAACUUCAUGGCGAAUUUAAAAUUAACGCCCCACAAUACAGUCUUGAAACUACAUGGAAACUUGAAAAUUCAACGACAACAUUGAAAAGCCCACAGUUUACAGGCACCAUUACUUCUCAUGCCAAAUCACCAAUUGAGCCCCUGGAAUACACGUUUGAAGCCACUGCUCAGUUGGAAGCUCCAAGAAUGAAGAAGUUGCUGUUCACAGAGACAAUGAAAGCUAACCAUAUAGCCUUCUCCAUUGAUCAUGAAGGGUCCUUGACAUUGACUGGUUCCUCCGCUGAGGCUUCUGCAAAGACUACUACAAAGGCCACAACCCCAAUGUACACAGCAGAAUUGAUCAGUAUUAUGGCAUUUACUUUAAGGAAUGGAAUCUAUGCAAGCAUAGACACAACCUACAACCACAAUCUGGACAUCCCAUCAAUUGAAACUUCAAGUCAGGCAUCAAUGCAGCAAAUUAUAGCAGCCACAAUGGAAUCUGGCAAAAUUAGUGUGAACAGUGAAACUAUUGGUAAUGGAAAAUGGUCUAUUCAGGACUACUCUGAUGAAGGUACGCACAAAAGUAAUGCAGAAUUUAACAUCGAUUUUAACACUGCAAAGUUAACUUUUGCAGGAGAAACAGACUGUAAAGCCUUAAAAGCAAAACAAACAUUGACUGCUGAAUCAGUGAUCCUAAGCCAUAUCACUGCUGAAGCAAGAUGUGAAGCUGAAGUUCCAUCUGUCAAGAAGAGUGUUAUGGUUGUAAAUGGAGAGGCUCAUUUUGGGGACUUGAAAGUUGCUCUAACAGCUUCCCAUGAUGCUGAAUUUACUGGAAACCUCAUUGGAUCCAUGUCUAACUCGUUGGAAUUCAUGACCCAUCCAUUUGAGAUUGUUCUUGAUGUUAAGAAUAAAUUAAACUCCAAGAUCUUCUUCCCCCUCAAACUCACUGGUAAGGUGGAUCUCCAGCAUGAUUAUGGCGUUGUAUUAAACUCUGAGAAACAGCGUGCAUGUUGGUUUGCUUUGGCAAGAUUCAAUCAAUACAAGUAUGGCCAUAACUUCACAGCAGAAAACAAUGAAAUGGACAUCUUCCUCCUCUCUUCAGCCAGUGGAGAGGCCAAUUUAGACUUUUUGACUGUUCCUCUCUCAGUCCCACAGAUAAACAUACCUUAUUUUGAAAUGCAAACCCCAGAGGUUAGAGACUUUUCUCUGUGGGAAAAUGUUGGAUUAAAAACCUUGCUUACCACUCCUCAACAGUCCUUUGAUAUGAACCUGAAGCUACAAUAUCACAAGAAUCCUGAUACUCACAAGUUUGAAUUAUACCUGGAACCAAUCUACAGUGUAAUCAGCGACAACGCCAACAUCAUCCGACAUCAAUUUGAAGAAUGUAGAGACAAAGUAGUUGCCCUUCUAAAAGAUUCAUACAACCAAGCAAAGUCACAGUAUAUAAAACACAAAAUUGAAACUUCUGGUAUUCCUCCUAGAAUCUUCAGAGUCCCUGGAUACAAAAUACCAGUAUUGAACAUUGAGGUUUCUGCUUUCAGGGCUGAGAUGCCAGCCUUUAGCUACUUUGUUCCCAAGGAGGUCAGUACACCGAGCUUCAAAAUUCCAGCACUGGGUUUCUCUGUGCCAUCCUAUACCCUAGUGCUGCCAUCUUUGAGGUUUCCUGUCAUCCAUGUUCCAGACACUUUAAGUGAAAUAAAGCUGCCCACUUUCACACUACCAGACAUUCAGAAUAAUGUUGUGAUCCCAGCUAUGGGUAACAUAACUUGUGACUUCUCCUUCAAAUCCCCUUUGAUUACCAUAAGUACUAAUGCAGGCCUUUACAAUCAGUUUGACAUUGUUGCUCGGUUUAGCACCUCCUCAUCAUCUGUGUUUGACAUACUGAAUGUAAAAAUUGAUGGUACCACAAGUCUGACAAAGAAGAGAGGACUAAAAUUAGCCACGACUGUAUCCCUGGAGCAUAACAACAUAGAAGCAAACCAUGAAUGUGCUGUUAGCCUCAACAAAAGAAGUAUGGAAGCUUCUGUAGCCAACAAUGCAAAAAUCAGUUUACCUUUCCUCAGUCUGGAACUGAAUCAUGAACUCACUGGAAAUACCAAGACUAAGCCAAAUGUUUCUUCUAAGAAAAAAGUAAAGUACACGUUGAACAUUCCUCUGAUUGAGUCUGUAGGCAAAGGGAAUCUUGAAAUGAUUUGGGACCUGGAAGCAUUAUCUUCUGAUGUGUCACUGGAGACCUCUACCAAAGGGAAGUCUGACAUAACCGUGAUGGACAUUUGGAAUUUUGCUGGAGAUCUGGAAAAUGGAGCCACUUUCUACCUCAAUGCCAAUGGCCUGCGUACGACUGUCACAACAGCCUUGAAUUCAAACAUUAACAAACAGGCCAAACAAAAACGGAGCUCAAACAACGUCUUCAUGUUUUACUUGAAAAAGAACUUGGCUCUUGAGGUUUCCUUGCGCCGUAUGUUUGCAACAAUUGAUUACACGAGUACUAACAAUGUGGAUUUUGCACCUAUCAGUACAAAUGGAAAACAAAAUUUUAAAGGAGAACUAGAUUUUGUUCCUUUAACAACCUUGAAGACUACACUGAACAUCGAUGCAAGUCAGCCAAGUAGUUUGGGUGACGUUGAAGUCACUCAGAGCAUCAAGCUUGCUAUUAGCUCAGAGAAGCAGUCUUUCACCUGGAAUGGUAAAGAACAGCUGGCAUCGCUCAUCCAUGUUUGUGAUUUACUCAUGUCCAAUGAUGAAUCUGAGGUACGCAUGGACUUGACUGGAUCUGUAGAAGGUCAUCUAGCAUUCCUGAGGUCAGUUAAGCUUCCUGUAUAUCAGAAGACCCUCUGGGAUGUUCUCAAAUUUGAUCAGGUCACAAAUAUAAACAAAUUACAAUUCUUUCAAAUCUCUUCUAGUAUUGUAUACAUGAAGAGCAUGGAUGGCUAUGUUUACACAAUACCAUCUACAUUAUUUCAAAAUGGUGUCACGUUUAAUGUCCCUGAAAUAAGCAUUGCUCUGCCUUCUUGGGUAAAAUCAAUUCCAGAUUCAAUAAGCAAAGUAGACAUGAGAUUUGAAAACACUUAUGUCCCUGAUCAUAUCACUCUUCCACCUGAAAUCAAAUUUCCAGCCUUUGAUGUUCCAUUUACCACCUUACAUGUGGAACCCUUUGGAAUUGAUCCUAAAAAUCUCCACAUCCCGAAGGUGAUCACCACCAAGGAAUUUGAAAUCAAGCUGCCUGGCUUGCCAAUAAUGUCAGUUCCCAGUUACAAUAUUAACACUGAGUAUCUACAGGAAAAAAUGUCAUUCCUUUCUAUCAAGUUGCCGCAAUACGAAGUCACAGUCUCAUCUCUCACGCUACCAAAAUCAUUUACAGUUGGAGAACGCACCUUCAGUCUAAAUGAUAUCACAAGCCAGAUUACAAACUUUGAACUACCAACCAUAGUCAUUCCAGAGCAAAAAAUUGAAAUCCCUGAAAUGGCUCUACACCUGCCUUCAAGUCUGUUUAUCCCAGCUUUUGGUGCCCUUGGUGGCACUCUGAAGGUUUCCUCCCCUAUUUACAACGUGACAACAACUAUCAAUCUGGAGAAACAGGGCUCAGAUCUGACAACUUCGCUGAAUUCCCUCUGUACUUCUACCAUGAUCUUGUUGGAAUAUGACCUCUCUGCUACUGCAACCAUCAGAUAUGAUAAUGGAGUAAUUAAUCUAAAUGGGAAGUGCAACUUGAUUCACAAUGAUGUAAAUGUUAAAUGGCAACAUGUUCUGGCACAAAACCUGAGAAUGAAACGUCAAGCCUCUCUGACUGAUGUGGUGGAACCUCGUCAUACUCUCAAUGUUGACAUCAUCAGCCAGACAUUUGUUGACGGGAACUUCCGCUUUGCUUCCCGCAAAGAUGGCAUCACUGCAUCUAUGUCUUCUCCAUCAUCUGGUUUCCUUGGAUUACAAUUUCAGCGGAGGUCUCCAACGCAGCUGUAUGGAAAACUCUUCAGUCGCUACCUGUCCUCUCCUGAAAAGGACACUGAUGUUCUCACUGCUAAAGCCUCUCUGAAAAACUCAGACAAGUUGGUUUUCCAGAUGUCAUGGAAUUGGGAGUUCCUCCAUGAUGUGAUUGAGGGCACCAAGUACAGGAUUCCUGCCAUGACAGAUGCUGUGCUCAAGUUCAUUAACAAGUAUCACACCUACCACUUUGGCUUUAAUAUUCAGCGAGCCGGCAUGAAGAUGAAAAACACAGUUUCUAAUGUCAUAGAGAGAGGAUACCAUGAGGUUCCUAUGUCUUUUGACACACUGCAGGAUUUAGUCCACAGCCUUGCUGACCAAGGGAAAGACAUGUAUAGGAAGGCUUCGGACGGCUUGAUGUCCAUGAAUGUGCAGGAUGCCAUAGACAGACUGGUUCACGAGGCUAGAGAAAUGAUAAAACUCAUUGAAGAUAAAAUGAAUGCCUUGCUAGAUGAAAUCACCCAGUUUUUGAGAGAUCGAGAUCACUCAGUGCCCGAAUGGAAGAGACUCUCCAUCCCGGAGAUCUUCCAGGAAGCUCGUUCGUCUGUAUCGAGAGAGACUGACAGGGUGAUCCAAAGGUUUUCCAGCCUCAUGGUAAAGAUUUCUACGUACAUCAGAGAAGUUGAGUUCACUUUACCCAGAACUGAUGUUGUUGUUAAUGGAAAUGAGGUAAUGGAUAAACUAAAAUCUGUAUAUAACGAGCUACGACAUCCCAUGAGCAGGGAGCUCAGUGUGAUUCACAACAGAGUGGCACAUCUUUUCCAGGUUAUUAUUAAAAAGGCAGAGGAUUUCAUCACCUACCUAAAAGAUAAAAAUGUGGACAUUUCUUCUGAAAUUCAUGCCAUUCAUGCAAAAAUUGUACAGUCUUCAAAACAACACACUGAGGAAGCAAAGAGACACGUGGCGGAGUACAAAGACCUUCUCAAAAUGAGGAUGGAAGAGGUGCAUAAGGCUUUAACUAUGGAGCGAGUAUAUACUGAUACUGAGGCGUUGAUCAGUAAUCUGCAAAUACAUCUCUAUGGAGGACUUCAUGAAGGUGUAGAUCUAAUGAGGAGGGCGUCCCAGAGCACUGCACCAUACAUUACAGUUAGCAAUAAAAAGGCGGACAUUGAAAUUCCUUUACCUUUCCUUUGGAAAUCUUUUAGCGACUGGCCGAAACAGUUCGGGCAGUAAACUCUGUCUGUGUUGAUGAAGUGAUUUUAUUAUGGCUGACUGAAUGUGAAAUAAUAUGUCUUUGUUUUAAUGCAAAUAAAAAAUACUUUAAAAGAGUCUUCAUUUAGUAGGUAAAAAUAUAAGUUAAUCUUCUGUAAGAUAUGUACAAUCAUAGCUUGCCAGUGUUUCGUGUUAGUUUCUGGUUGUUGAUGAUGUUUAAUUAAAUAACGCUGAAUGCACAUA